UACAAAACCCAAAAAUACACGGAACCCACGUCUUUCCUACUUCUCCAAAAAUUUUCUCCAAAAAUUUUGCCUUCAGAAAAUUUUGGUAAAAAAAUCUUCCCUCUGCUCCUCUCUAUUUAAUUGAAGAAUAAUCUCAAAUGCAAGUAAAGAUGAAAACUUUCCGCUUUCUUUAAUUGAAGAAGAAUCUCGAUCUUUUACACGGUAAAGAUGAAACGACCUGCACCUUUCAAUAAUGCGGAGGGACGAGAUUUGAAGCAACAAUUUGAAAUGCUAGUGAUUUGUACGGAAUACAAACGAUAUGGGCAAGAUGGUACGAGGUUUUCUGAAGUCGACGCCUUCGAGUUCACUUAUGCAGGGAAGAAUAAUGUUAGACUUAUAAUGCAGCUACUGCUCAACAUAGAAGGCAAAAGAGCAGCAGCUUCUCGAAGAUAUCCCUUUGGAGGAAUACCUAUAGAUGAUCCUAAGGUUGGACUUAAUAUCAUGCUGUCCGUUCCAAGUGCAAAGCCCCGAUGUCAAAUUUGUGGGUUGAAAGAUGGUCGCCUUCGAGACAUUAAGACAUCUUCUUCCAAUGUACGCAAUAUGGAGAAGGAGAUAGAAGCAGAAAGUGCUAAUACGGUAAGGGGUAGUUAACUUUCCCCGCUCCGAACAUACCUAUUUAUUGAUAAGGCGAGGAAGGCUUCUCGAAUGGUAGAAUAUGUAGCUCGAGUGAAGAUGGAGCAAAUGAUGCACAACAAGCUCAAGGUUGUUAAACAACAAUUCAAUUCUACUUUACAGUCUGGGCAUCACUCUAUGCACCAGUUAUGUGGUAAAAUUCCUGGCUUCGUUGUAACAUCAUUUACACUAUUAUCAAUAUAGAUCAAUAGUUUAAUACUAAUGAGGAAAAUGAUGUUAUGGAAGACAAAGAGAACAACUUUGGAGAGUCAAUUGCAUAUCUAAUUUAUGA